ACACCAGCCCUGACCAUCACACCAGCCCUGACCAUCACACCAGCCCUGACCAUCACACCAGCCCUGACCAUCACACCAGCCCUGACCAUCACACCAGCCCUGACCAUCACACCAGCCCUGACCAUCACACCAGCCCUGACCAUCACAUUUGCCCCGACCCAUCACACCAGCCCCAUCACACCAGCCCCAUCACACCAGCCCCAUCACACCAGCCCCAUCACACCAGCCCCAUCACACCAGCCCCAUCACACCAGCCCCAUCACACCAGCCCCAUCACACCAGCCCCGACCCGACCAUCACACCAGCCCCAUCACACCAGCCCCGACCAUCACACCAGCCCCAUCACACCAGCCCCGACCCAUCACACCAGCCCAGCCCCGACCCAUCACACCAGCCCCAUCACACCAGCCCCAUCACACCAGCCCCGACCCAUCACAUCACACCAGCCCAGCCCCGACCAUCACACCAGCCCCUUCACACCAGCCCCAUCACACCAGCCCCAUCACACCAGCCCAGCCCCGACCAUCACACCAGCCCCAUCACACCAGCCCAGCCCCGACCAUCACACCAGCCCAGCCCCGACCCAUCGCACCAGCCCCGACCCAUCGCACCAGCCCCGACCCAUCGCACCAGCCCCAUCGCACCAGCCCCAUCGCACCAGCCCCACCUCACCACACCAGCCCCAACCCACCGCACCAGCCCCGACCCAUCACAUCUAAUGUCUAA